AUUACAAUUCCCUCAAGAGCUUCCGAAGCCCGUCAGUGCCGGACAGGAGUGGGGACCACACAUUUCAUCUCCGUUACAGGCUAUCACGCUAGAUCCUAUCACCCCCAUUUCCAGUUGAAGGAGCUCAAAGACAUCCCAAAUCUCUCUCUCAAAGGCAUGUCACUGAGUGUCCUGACAGCACGUGGCAUAGCGCCCUGCCCUACUCAUCCUCACACUGACCCAAGGGUCAGACCAUCCUAGAAGCAGUAGUGAAGACUCCUGCCCAGUUCCAGCCCCUACAGGCAACGGGACCUCAAGCCUUGCAUCCUUGACUCUUCACCUCUCUUGCCCCUCCCAUUGACUCUCCACAGACCUCGGUGCACACUGGUGUGGAUGGCGGGGCCAAAAGGCAACAUCUUCGAUCAACUUAACUAUACAUUUUGGAUAUUUUUAUUUCCUGAUCAGGCUGAUUUCUGUGAGUCUAGGUGGAUUAGAUGAAAUUUGGUAUUUUUCCUAAAAGCCAGGAUGGAUUAGGCAGAUUGACAAAGGGGAACAGAAGUAGCUUGCCUUCUCCCCCAAGCCUACUAUGUUAUUUUUUCAUGUUAUUCAAGUUCCAGACAAAACAACCCCAAGUGAUUCUCAGUGAGUCUGAGAAUCCCGGAAGAGUUCCCUUCUUUAUUAGAGACACUAGCCAAGUAUUUUAUUUCUCAAAAUAUUGCAUCAAGAGCUCCCCCCACCCUCCGCCUUUAUUGGCAAAUUUAGAGCUGCUGCCUAUCUUGGGGAAGGGUGAAGCAGCUGCCAGGCUCCCCAAGUUCUAAGGGAGACAGACUUUAUCCCGGGUUGCUCCUGAUGGAGGGAGGGCAAGCCAUCUAUACAAUCUGGAUUUCUUGUCUGGGUUUUCUCAGCUCUGCCACGCCCCUCGUCAAAGCGCAGAGUCCGAAGUCAUAGCACAGACUAGCCCAGGACUUAGCCAGUGAAUCACAGGGACUCAGGGAUUUCUGCCGGAACAAAGAACUCCAGCGCUGGGAAACUUUCUGGCCGAGCCAUUCCCUCGGUCCCAGCGGAAAAGCAAACCGCUUCCACCUAGUCCUGUCGAACACCAGUGCAAAGAAAGCAGCUGUAGUCGACCUCAGUCGUGGCGCUAUGGCCGCGGCCUCAUGUCCACAGCUGCUAUUUUUCAUACCAGCUGCAUCCCGAGCGAGGAGUGGAGAGGGUGAUUAGUAGUGGUGGUGGGCGGCUCGGUCGGAGCUUUCUUAAGAAGAAAGGGCUUUGAAUGAGCCAAUGAAAGCUGUUGCCAGGGAACCAGAUGCCACGAGCAGGCCACUCCAACAGCGUAAGAAUUCAAGCAUAGGGGACAGGAGUGCUGGAGUGAGUAUUAAAUGUACUUGGCAGCUUAGUCCUACAAGAAUGGUUAACCCUUUAUUCACCUAACCAGGAGCAGGCUGUCAAGGAAAAGGAUGGUAAAAUCCUAGGAACCAAGUCACACACACCCAGCCACUCCCUCCUCCUGCUAGCUCCUCCGGCUGAUGACUAUUGCAAAGCUGUCCUCCCUGCUUGACUGACAACUUCCCCGGACCCAAGCUAUGUAUAGGCAUCCGCAGAGGCGAUAAGCAGAGCUGUCUAUUAUAUGAUCGUAGAGGGCACUGCUCUUGUCUGCUUAUGUUUAUUACAGUAAGAUUCCUCUCAGCUGUGUCCUGGCUUCUUCAGGCCAUUGUCCUGGGGGAGGUCAGACUCUGCUGCCCUAUGUGUGUUCUGUGUGAUGAAGAAGGAUGGAUGGUGGCUUCCUCCCUUCCUGAGGAAAAUGUAUCCCCAGAACCUCCUGGACCAACCAGAGAUUGGCAGCCUAACCCUCGUUGUUGCCUGGAGGGGCAUAGGCACAGGCUAGCCCUCUGGAGCAACAAGGAACUUGCAAAAUCACCCUGGGUGGGUCUCCUAGCCUAUCCCCCAGGGAUGUAUGCUGUCUUGUUCAUUUCUUCCUUUUCUGUCAAUCCCAAUCGGGCAUUUUCUCUGGACCCCAUUUCUACACAAUCUGGUUAAGCGAUCUCUAUAGAGGAACUUGAAAAACAGUUCACAAGAGAACCUGAGUGUUUCCCUAAAGGAACCCAUGUGGGCUGAAUGGGGACAGUAGGGUCCCUGAGAGAUGAGGGCUUCUGGAUUCUUGUCUCUAGCAAGACACAGGCCCUCAUACCUAUUGUGCCUCACACUGUCAGUUUUAGCUCUGCCGAGGCCAUGGAUGCAGAUGUAAUUUGAACAUUCAAAAAAAAAAAAAAAAAACCUUACUAAUCUGAGCAAAUACCAGAACUAGAAUGUGUUUGUGCCCUAAAUUAUGCAGUGUGUUUACAAAGAGAUGUAUUACGUUAGCAUUUCUCAAAUGAUUAGUGAAUAGUUCAUAGACUGACUUCUUGACAGAAAACAUAGAAAUGGUUCUCAUCACAGAGUUAAGUAGUGAGCUGGAAGGCAGCUGACAGAAAGGUGUCGAUUGUGGAGUCUAGUUGCCUACUGUCUCUACACAAUGAGAGCCCUUCUGGGAGGUGUGACCUUCAGACACUCUGCUUGUACCUUACUUCUGUCAUCUAAUAGGGAGCCGCUGUCCGUGUGAACUCUGUAUUACCAGGCAGAAUUAUUUUUCUCUUUAAAUUUGUGUUAUGUAUGUGAGUACACUGUCACUCUUUUCAGACACACCAGAAGAGGGCAUCAGAUCUCAUUACAGAUGGUUGUGAGCCAUCAUCUGGUUGCUGGGAAUUGAACUCAGGACCUCUGGAAGAGCAGACAGUGCUCUUAACUGCUGAGCCAUCUCUCCUGCUCCAGAAUUAUUUCUUAAACACUAUUUAUUGACUGCAUACUAUGGGACAGCCUGACUCCUAAGUCAGUCACUUUAUCUGUUACAUAAACAAUAGCCAAUGAAAUGUUUGUUUUGUUUUAAGAUAGGGUCUCUCUAUGUAGUCCUGGAACUCACUAUAUAGACCAGGCUGGCCUCAAACUCACAGAGAUCCUCCUGUCUCUGCCUCUAAUGUCAGCAUUUGGGUGUCAGAGGCAGGAGGAUCUCUUGAGUUUGAGAUCAGCCUACCUACAUGAGUUCCAGACCUGUCAGAGCUACACAGUAAGACUCUGUCUCAACAAACCCAAAUAAGCCAGUGACUGAAAAAACAUUCUUCUAUCUCUGCUGUUUAAUGGCUUGAGGCAAGCAGAAUCCACAGGGCCUCUGUGACAUGGACUCUGUGACAACUUGGAACCUCUCUCCUCCUGACUUGCUCCCGGAUCGGAUCCCAGGAAUUGCUUCUUUUGUUCCCACUGCCAGAGCUGCUGCCAGAGAGAGAUUGAUUCCUCCCAUGUUACGAAAGGACCGAGAGUGAGGGAUUUAUGUUUCUUCUACAAACUUGCCAUCUCCCCACCAUAAAUUUAAGAGUUUACAGUUCCUGUGAAUGUCUGUGCUAAGAACACAAAGCCUGAAGCAAAGGGGUUUUUUUGUUGUUGUUGUUUGUUGGUUUUUGUCUUGUUUUUUUCAGAAGGACCAAGCAUUUUCCACUCCCAAAGCAAACCCUUCAACAGACCUUGAAUAAGCAGAUCUCCCUUUCUCCAUCCUGAACCAGGCAGGGUAUGUGGCCUUGAUUUAUACCUAAGAUCAGAGAGAAUACAGAAGUAGGGACAGCCACCUUCUCCUUUACUAUGACUCCAGGGUAGUCUGUGUCGCCUCUUGCAUUGUUUUCUUCAUAUCUGGCCUGAGCCACAGGAGAAAGCAGCUCCAGGAUCUAAACAGGCCACAUCCUCAUCCUUAGCCUGUGCUUCUUCCAACACGUCCACAGGGUUGACGCUCCCACCCUGCUGUUAGCAUGCUUUCUGCCUUUGCUUACUGAGUCUGGGUUGGUUGGGGUUUUAACCUGUGAGUCUAAGCUUUGUACCAUGGCCAGGCAAACUACCAGCUUCUAAGACAGGCUUUGACCUAGUGCUCCUCAUUUAUCUCUCUUAAUGGCUCAGAGAUAAUUACCCAUCUCUUUGAGCAUGUCACAAAGCAAACCCCAAGUGCUUAGUGAACUGCUGCUAUGCGCAAGAGGUGGUGUGGGAAUGUGGCAGAUAAGAUCCAGGGCCUAUCUUCUGUGAAAGAGCCCUCACUGUGUAAGGCAGGAACAAAGGCUGUCUUUUCAAAACUCUCUCAUUUUGACUUUUCCUGUAACUUGUGUUUGGCGUUCUCAUGGCCUUCAUUUGACAAUUCCUGUAGUUCAUGAAGUUAAGAGCUGACCCAGUCGACUUGCAAGGUAAAACAAGGAAAAGCCAGGCUGGUGAUCGGAGAGUAGAGGGAGCCUUGGAAGUCAGGCCAGAGGGCUAUCGUCCCACCCCCAUCUUCAUGGCAGCAUCCUACAGCUGAAGGAGAGGCUGUGGCCAGCCAUGGCGCCAUCCUGACAGCUGUGUAUUUCAGCCUUGAAGGACUUUCUUAGGGACGGUUGCCACCAUGCUAGUAUAAAAACCAGGUUAGAGUCAAAUUCAGGGAUGGUCCUAUGUCACCUCUGCUUUGCUCUGUGGCCUUGUGAAUCUGUUUCUGUCUGUGCUCUUUGGAAAGUAAGACAGCACCACUGGGUCUCGUAGACUAAAGAUAAAUAAAAUUACACGCUCACACUUCUAUGAAGUGGGGCAAAAAAAAAUCCUGGUGCAGCCUCCUAAGCCACGUUUUGCAGAGUGACAUCCAUUGAACCCAAGAGCUUUGAAACAAGGGACAAAUUCCCAAGCACACAGGGAACACGGCAUCUAUUUUCAUCGGUUCAUGUGGUUUUUAUUUACUUCCAGAGUACCAUGGUUAUUCAUGAUGCUUUACAAACCAUAAAAAACGAGGCCUCCACCCUAUAGAAUUUACAGUGUAAUUUAAACAGACACGCUGCAUGGGCUGACAGGUCAGGCAUGCCAGGGGAUGGUGGUGGUGUUGUAUAACAUGGGUGUGGAGGGUUCCUUCUUGAGUUAUAAAUACUUUCCAGUUACAAGGCCCUUUCAUCUGGAAUCCCCAAGCACUUUAGAAUAGCAAUAACCUCGAUUGCUUUCUAAAUGCACUUUCCAUAAACUGCUGUUGGGGACUGGGCAAAUGCUUCUAAAUGCCUAUUAAUUGAUCUGUGGAUCUGCUCAUUGUCUGUAGUAAACAGCAUGGACUUAAACUCGAUGAUUUAGGAGAGGCCUGCUGUAAGCUGUCUGCUCGCAGAUUACAACCCUGGAGUGGCCUAGCUACUUUGCCCUGGCAGUGAGAGGGCUACACGGACACCUGGGUAUCUUCUCAAGUGAGAUGCUCAAACAGACUGGAACAUUCACUUCCUGGUGUCCCUUUCACCAUCUGUGGGCAAGUCCACACCGCAGAGUCUGUGGGGCUCACACAAGGAACUUUCAUUACAGACGGAAUCACGCGUUGGCCAUCCACCGUGGCUCGACAAGGACCGACUCCCCCAUGCUUCUGAGCCGUCUUACUCUCUUUUAAGCAAUGCCAUCUCCAAAACAUUAGGAUUUCUAUUUUCCUGCAGCUGAUAGAAACCCGAUUAGCUUUGUAUAUUUCACUCGACGGCCAUUGAGCAACUAACUAGUCAUUCCCAACCUAAAGACAAGUUCAUUCAAGUCCAAGGGAAAACUGAGCAGGGUUCCGAGUCCUGAGGGUUCACUGAGAGGUUCACGAGAUAAGCAGCCUUGUCCAGCCGACUUUUACGAGUUUCUCAGACUUACCUUUCUAAAGGCCCAGAUGGACCCGCAUCACCCUCCCUGCUUUGAAAACCCCAUCCGAGUGGGCAGGAGGAUCAGGAAUUCCAGAUCACCAUGACUACAAGGCAAUUUCAAGGUCAGUCUGGGAUAUACGAGACCCUGUCUUUAAAAGACAAGACCGGGGAAGAGGGAGCUGAGGGAUAAAAGCCAGUGGGUAUCUGACCUCCACGGUCAAGGCAGCCAAAGAGGUCAUGUGCGUGCCUCCUGUAACCUCCUCCCCCACACUAUCCUCACAUCUUCCCAUUAACCCUCUGCCCUUUCAUGUUCCACCCUAACGGCCCCCUGUCUGUAGUCUACCAUAGGCCCCCACUGCCCAUGCUCCCCCUCUACCACAGGCGCCUUCUCCCAGAACACCUCUGUCCUCCGCCUCAGGGACACAGCCUCCAUGGAUGGGAUGCUAGGGUUUCUUCUCAGCUGUAGUUACCACUAAGUGGGAAACUUUUGUCAAAGGUCUUUUUAUGCUUUGAACAGGCACUGAAGGGGAAGACCUCAGGAUGCGAGUUAGAGCCCUGGCUUGGCAGGACUUUGUUGUACCUGUUGUGAGGAGCUCACUUCCGGAUAGCAGUGCUAGGGACUUGGAUUAGCAAGUAUCCGAUUCAGCUUGUCAGGUUUUUUGUUAUAUAUUUGAAAAAAACAAUUGUGAUAAAAGAUACAGAAUAAAAGAUACAGAAGUUUAUCAUUAACAGUUCCUUGGCACUAAGAACAUCCAGUCCGUGGUGAGGCUUUCUCCAGAACACUUUUAUUUUCCCAAACACAUUAUCUGCAGAACAUAACUGCAUUUCCCCCAAGCCCCCAUCCCCUAACACCACCAUCCCCCUUCCUGGUUCAGUGUCUGACUCUUGUAGUUAGCACCAUCGGGUAUUUGACUUAUUUCAUUUAGCAUAAUGUCCUCAGGGUUAUCAGUAUUGUACCACAUAUCUCAAUGGCUUCCCGUUUUUAAGACUGAAUAAUGCUUUAUUGUAUACAUAUGACGUUUUGUCCAAUCAUCUGUGAGUUGGUGAAUAAUUGGAUUGAUUUCACUUUUUUAGAAAAAUUUGUUGCUGUCCUCAGACACACCAGAAGAGGGCAUCAGAUCCCAUUACAGAUGGUCGUGAGCCACCAGGUGGUUGCUGGGAAUUGAACUCAAGAUCUCGGAAGAGCAGUCAGUGCUCUUAACCGCUGAGCCAUCUCUCCAGCCCCUGAUUUGACAUUUUAACUGUUGCAACUGUUGCUGCUGUGAACACAGAGAAGACAAAUCUUAGAUUCUGUCUUCAGAAACUUCUUUUGGGAAUAUACCCAAAACUAGGCUUACUAGACUAUACAAUUGUUUGGUUGUGGACCCUGAGGCAAGAGACUGAGGUAUAUGUUUUACAUACCAAAACAGACCUGGCCUCCAGAUUCUCCCAGAAUCCCUCAGUCCCUGACCUGGCACACCCUGCCCCCAACUCUUAACUUUCCCAGGAAUGGGAGCUGCCCUUCCCCCGGAGGCUCCUCCCUAUAUAAUCCAGACUAUCCAGUUUGCUCUCCCUCUCUUUCUCUCUCUCUCUCUCUCUCUCUGUCUCUCUCUCUCUCUCUCUCUCUGUCUCUCUCUGUCUCUGUCUCUCCCACUUCUCUCUCUGCACAUUUGCCCUUUCUCUCUCUUUUUCUCCCCCUCCCCCCAUGGUGACUCCCCUGGACUCUCAAUCCUUGGGGCCCAUGAACUCACCAAGAGCAGCUUCCCAAUAAAUCUGCAUGUAAUAAUUCUAAUGUGACUUGAACUGGCUCAUUCUGCCAGCAGAGAAAUAACCUAUCACUAAUCGAUGUGUUGACUAUAUGCCUAUCUUAUUUUAUUAGGCACUGUCUUGCCAUUGUCACUGAGUAAGCACCAUUUCGUUUUUUGUUUUUUUUUUUAUUAUCCUUGUUCUUACCAUUUGCUUGUUUAUUUGUUUGCUUUGGUUUUUUUCCAGGCAGGGUUUCUCUAUGUAGUCUUGGCUGUCCUGGAACUUACUCUGUAGACCAAGCUGGCCUUGAACUCAGAGAUCCACCUGCCUGCGUGCUGGGGGCGGGGUCAGGGGAGGAUUAGCGGUGUGUAUGAACUGCUGCCACCACUUCCUAGAGAGGACGCAUCGUUUUAAAUGCACACUAAGGUACAAGGACUUUUGAGUUCUCUGUUCUUGGCAAACACUGGUUAUUUUAUUUGUUUUGUUAUGGCUUCCCAGGUGUGAGACGUUGUCUCACUGUUGAUUUGACUAAACUCAGUUUUGAGCCUCUACAUUAAGGAUCUUAAUUCCUCCAAAUAAAUUCAAUCUCAUUUCAAACCAUGAGAUCUAACUCUAGGUGGGUGAGCCUGCCUGGGGGGGGAGGGAGGGCUGGAAGGACCUCCUCAGAGAGGAAGCUGUAGCCCCACAGGUUGCUGUACUUCUAAAUACCAACCGACAGGGUGAGCUUCCACAAGCAGCUUGUUUUCCUUGGCCGAAACUAGGUCCUAACCAGUAAAGUGGCCUUCCUGCCCCUUCUCCAGCUCGUGCUCUCUGAGUGUAACCAUCAAAGAGAAGCAAGUGGCUAGGUUCAUAACAGGGUGCAGGCGACAGUCAUCGUGCAGACAGCCACACCCUGCAGGACAUUUAACAUCCUGGGCACCAGAGUGGUGAGGUCGGGUUAUGUGUGUCGGUGUGGGAAGAGGGGAUGCAGGGAGGGGGCUGAUGUGACAACUAAAAUGUCCUCCAUUGAGAACCAGGUAUGCAAAGAAAGCCAGAGCUUCCCAGUGUCUCCUCAUGCAAAGCAGCCAUUAAUAAAUGAGACUUUCUGUCUAGUUCAGGGGAUCCUGGGGCAGAGCCGAGGGAAAUGUCAUAGAUGGCUUUAGGUGACCUAGAGGACUUCCUGAAGUCUGUUAGUGGUUAGUUGCCAGUGAGAAGCUCAUGAGCUAAAAAAAAAAAAAAAAACAACAAAAAAAAACCCAAAAAAAACAAAACCAAACAAAAGAAAACACCUCAACAUGGCCUCCCACCCCUUCUGCGCCACCCCCCACCCCCGGACUUAGUAUGUGAGACUGCUGGUCCCUUCAAUAUCCAGUGGCAGCCCCACCUCCAUCCCCACCUCAGCCAGUGCUUUUGGCUGCCUCUGCCUUGCCUGGGUUAAAGGACUUCAUUCCCCUAUGCUGCCAUAGCAACUGGAAACAACCUCCACCCACUGAGAAGGAUGGUGCCUUGACCCAGAUUAGUAGAUGCAAAAGGCCUGUAGCAGAGCAACCAGGUCUCAGGGACAACAAGGGCUCAAGGGAGCAGAGAGUACACAGCCUGCGGUCUGAGGAGCCAGGCCUUACAUUUUGGUUUUUCUUUCCACAAAGAUGCACUCUGUCUAAACCGUGUGGCUGUGUGGCUGGCCGUUACUAGACCGCUGUAAAAGGGGAAAUGUAUUUCAUAAAAGGCCCAAUGUUCAUAGUCUCCUUGGGUUUUCUGUUGAGCUUUGGAAACCCUGAGGUGUGAUCCGCUUUCAGCCUUCAAAACUGAGAUGAACUGCCCUUGAGAGGGAGUAGUCAGAGAGAAAACAUGUUCACCCUCUCUCUGCUGAGCCGAGGACAUGGCAAGUUGGUCCAGAACAAACAGAAGUUGGAAGUCUAUUUUGAACCAGAGGACUAUUUGAACUGGAAGUCCCCGGAAGACUACAUCCUGGUCAGCAAAGCCCAGAAUGGGGACAGAGCCAGCCAGCACUCCUGGAGCCUCUUUCUUCCUAAGACCUUCAGCACAAGAAAGGGGGCACUGAUCCUCUACUCAGAAGGGCUAGCUGUGACAGCAUGGACACCCAGAGAAAGGAGAAAGGGUCCCAGAAAGAAACCGGACCAUGAACUGCACACGCUUCAAGACCUCAAAGAAGCUAUCUUGGCAUACGGAGGGAGAAAGAGGAAGCAGGACAGUGCCUGGAGACCUUACCUGUACUUCCGAAGCAAGCCAGAGAGCCAGACCCAACGGCAGAUCCAGCCUGGGUAUUCAGCCAAGAGAUACCUCCGAGGCCUUUUGCGGACAUGGCCCCCUGACACCAUGUACAGACUCCAGUGUGCAGGACACAUCAAGGACGCUGUGCUGCUCCAGGUUAGUCAGCUUGGGAUACCCAAGAAUCUCAGGCCACAACAGGAUCUUUCAGGUGUACCCCCAAAAUACCAUCUCCUGCCUGUCAUCCCUUCGUUUUGGAUUCAGCAGCGAUCAUCUUAUGCACAAGGUCUGGAUGAAGGGGAAAUUGGUACACACAUGGACCAGGGUUCUGUUGCUCAGAACCACAGCAAUCGGGAGAGUCACUACCUGAUGUCACUCAGGAAGCAGCCAUGGCCGGAAGAUGAAACCCCGGCCGAGGACGCGUUGAGAGAGAGCCGCCUCCGUGUCCACGCUUCAGAGGAAAGUCACAAUAGAAAGAAUCGGCAAGCCUCCCGGAAGGUCCUUGGGUGUGCCUCAUUCAGUCACCCUCAGCUUCCUAGUGACAAAUCCCUCUUCACCUUCCACUGUGGAGCCUUCCCAGACAAACAAGGAAACAUGAAACCCACCAAGGCCAGAGGUAGCUGCUUGUCCCAGGAGCCUCUUGUUAAAAGAUGCCUUUUCCCUCAUAUAGCAUCUGCCAUUGGCUCAAAACAAAAUAGCCUUGGGGAAACAAAGAAAAAGAAGGCACCAAGGGUUCUGCAGUUACCUCCUGUUUCAGAAGAACCACCCAGAGCCCUCAAACCCCCGAGGAGCCGAUUUAAAGGCAGUGAACUCCCAAAGGAGCUCUUCGUUAUCCCAAUGGAGAUUCAUUUUCAUACCCCACAACCCCCACAAGAAAAGGCCAGCAGAAGAGAUGCUCAGCACCUCAAGUCAGAACCAGAGGAAGCCGCACCCUUAUGGAGGCCUCCCAUGAAGCAUCGGUACUUAGAAAGGCCAAGGGGGAUAACGGUGCAUCUCCCAGUGGACAGCAGCCAGGAUACACCCUCACCUCAAGAAGAUGGUGAAGUCCUGGCCCAGAGCGUGAAUCAACCCCUGGGUCUCCUACCCCCAGUUAAAGGAAAGAAAAGUCCAGAGAGCCAGAGACACAUGGACAGAACAUCAGGCUCCAGUAGUCCCACAGGUCGCCCAAAUGAGAGGGCCCCGCCAGUAGGAGCAGAAGACUCCAGAGAGCCUACACUGAGACCCUUCUUGCUGAGUCCAGAUGGUGACAACGUCUGUCUGACCCUCCCAGAGCUCAUGGGAACAGAGGCGCUUCCACUGGGACAAGCAAACACUGGAGCCAGAGCCAGUCUUCGUGGGAGUCUUUAUGAGAAAACCUCCUCAUGUUCGGCUGAAGCAGCAGAGAGUCAGGGAGCCCCACAGUCCUUGGAGGCGGCAGCUCAGAAGACGGGAGAGCCUCAAAGUUGUAUAAAUAAAGGGCUGAUAUGUUCAAACGAAAAAGAAUUUUACACACGCAAGCUGCACAUCGACAUGACGCCGUUCCUGAAGGAACGUGGAGAUGAACUUGCCUAUCGUGAAGAAGCAGGAGGACCCCACAGAGGAAACGUGGAAGGCAGCCAAGGGAAAAUACCUGGGUCAUUGGCUGAUGGAGGAUUCUCUGUUCUCACAGACCCAGAACCAAGGAAUGUGACCUUUGAACCCCUCAGCACUUCCCUGGCCGAGGACAACCAGCCCUCUGAGGCUGACACCUUAAAAAACAUGGACAGAGAUUACAACGUGCACCACCUGCACAGAGGACCUCUAGAACAUGAGCCUGCAUUCCAAAAGAAGUUGGAUUCUGAGAAUACAUCUCUUCUUCCAAGAAAAAAGAAGAAAAGGAGACCAAAAUUGAUCCAUCAGAAGAUUCUAGUUGCCAUCCACCAUGGAAGGGAUUUGGUUGACAAAGCUAAGAGGAAAAAGAGAACCAAGACACACCAAGCCAAAGCUCCUAAGAAAGAGAGGGAAGGAAGGGGCCUGAGGCAAGCAGAGGCUGCAGGAGGAAAGCCAAAGCACUCAAAAACUAAAAAGAAGUCAGACCUGACUCCAAAUGAGCAGGAACUGGGAACCAAAGUGAAGAGGACGCAUAAAGAAAGGAAUAUGGAGCUGGCAGCAGGGCUCAGCACGUCAGACAGCACCGACUCCAAGGAAGCCGGUGGCACCUCACAUCGAGGGCUCCUCCGCCCACACUCUGCCGCUGGGCGACUACACUCACGCUCUGCCAAGUGGCUUUCUCUUGAACUUGAUGCUCUGGAUAGUCAGGUUGCAAUAGAUGGAAGGUUAUCACGCUCCCAGGCCACGGACGUCACUAGUGAUGUGGAAUCUGAGGAGGACCUCCAGGAUAAGAAGCAGCAGCAGAAGGCUUCUCAGGACAGAAUUCGAAUACAGAAUGCAGAAAUGAGGUGGAAGGCGGUGGAGCAGGGGAGAAGGGAGCAGGAGGAGCUGAUCCGGCUCCAUUGGGAGCAGCUGGAGAAAGCAGAGAAGAUGAAUGAGGAGCUGGAGUUGGAGCAUCAAAGGCGCACUGAGGAGAUCCGCCUAAGAAAGCAGAGACUGGAGGAAGAACGGCAGCAGCAGGAGGAAGCAGAGAGAAAACGAAGGCUCCAGUUGCAGGCAGCCCGGGAGAGAGCCCGGCAACAGCAAGAGGAGCUCCGCAGGAAACUUCAAGAAAUGCAGAGAAAAAAGCAGCAGGAGGAGGCAGAGAGGGCUGAGGCAGAGAAGCAGAGGCAGAAGGAACUGGAGCUGCAGUUAGCCGAUGAACAAAAACGCCUGAUGGAAAUGGCUGAGGAAGAACGGCUGGAGUACCAGAGGCAGAAACAAGAAGCAGAAGAGAAAGCUAAGCAGGAGGCUGAGGAAAGGAGGAAACAGGAAGAGGAAGCAGCAAAGCUAGCUUUGGAAGAAGCCACAAAACUAGCCCAGGAGCAAAUCAGGCAAAAAGCUGCUUUGGAGAAACACCUUCAUUUCCAUCAAGAACUCUCUAAGGAAGCCAGUGGUCUGCAGUGGACACAAAACAUUUCCAGACCAUGGGUCUACUCGUAUUUCCAGUCCCUACAAACUCCCAAGCCAUAAGGCUAGAAGAAACAGUAAGUUGAGAAGUGGUGACAGAAAAAAGCUAUAUUUGUAUAAUAAAGCUCUGGCCUGAGCUCCGUUAGUUCCACUCCACCUCAACCACCCUAGGACUUUCUUUACCCUGGAACCUCUCUAUUCCCAGCACUCCUGCAUUCCACAUACUGACCCAAUUAACUCUUCACCAACUUAAACCAGUUGUUUCCUUUAGAACUAUAUAAUUUCAAAAGCCUUGGUAUCUAGACUACCAUUACAUAGUUUCAGUUGGAGAUACUAAGUCUUAGGAUAUUCUAUGUAUUUCAGUGUGUUCAAGAGUUGAUGGUAAAUAAAAACUGUCAUGCAAUAACUCUGGAUAAGCUAAGAGUAGCUAAUCACAUCCCUCUAUAAGGUAAAACGACAAUUUCACCCUGAAAAUCUAACACAAACUUCAAAGGCAUGUUCAGAGUCACUUGAUAGAAGUUCAGCUGACCAAAAUGAGCUGUUUUGUGAGGAAAUUCUCUCAAUCCUCAAAGUGCAGAUCUAGAGCAGCAUAUGUGAGUACGGGAGCAACUGCUAGCGUGUAGCUGCUAAAGCUAAAACACUCUUCCAUCAUACCAGCCACAGUGAAGUUGCUGGGGACUACGUCUGCAAAGAAAUAGAAUGAUUUUUUUUUCUCUUUUAAAAAUUUAUUUCAUGUAUGUGAGUACACCGUCACUGUCUUCAGACACACCAGAAAAGGGCAUCGAAUCCCCAUUACAGAUGGUAUGAGUCACCAUACGGGAGCUGGGAAUUGAACUCAGAACCUCUAGAAGAGCAGUCAGUGCUCUUAACCUCUGAGCCAUCUCUCCAGCCCGAAACAAAACUAUUUCAUCACCUCAAACAUUCCAUCAUUAUUUUUGAUCCUUGAGAACGAGAUUUUAUUCCCAACUAUGCCUUGAAGAACCUACUCAUAGAACUCUAAUCAUCCUAUCAGAAGUCCCAAGUCAUUUAACAGCUCUUUCAGUGUCUAACAAUCAUCUCUUAACGAAGCAUUACAGGAUGCUCAUUAAGAGUGUUAGAAAUAAAAUAUAAAAGGAUGCUAACUUAAGUAGUAUUUGGUUUUGUGGUUUUGGUUGAGAAGGGAUUUCUCUGUGAAAUAGUCCUGGCUUUCCUUGAACUCCCUUGGUAGAAAAGACUGGCCUUAAAUUCAGAUACUUGCCUGCAUGACAACCAAGGGACGAAAGAUGUGUGCCACCAUACCCACCUUAUUUUUCCCAACUUUUAAUCCACACUUAAGUCUUCUCAUUACUUCAUCAAAACACACACACACACACACACACACACACACACACACACACACACACAAACUUAUAAAGAGGUAAGUAGUUGGUCACCCCGUAUCAAUAGUAAAGUCAAAGACAAAUGCUGGCGCUUGUCACUUUUAUCCUUUUUACUCAGUCCUGGAUUCCACAGAAUGGCAGGGCCCACACCCAAGUUAGGAAUUCCCACCUCAAACCUUUCUAGACACACCCAAAGGUCUCUCCAGAGUGAUUUUAAAUCUAGGCAAGUUGACAAUGAAGACUUAAUCAUCACACUGUCCACAUAAAUUCCCUCUAAUUCCUGUACAAAGCAAAUACCUUGCAUUUGUGGACUAUUAUUAGGGAUUAAUACUCACAAGGUAUUUGCUUCCUCCAUAUAGAAAUUACACUUCUUCAUCCUAGAAAUGUAGCUAAUUUUCCAUUCUAUACUGCAGGAAUUGAGUAACUUCUUGUUUCAUGUAAAAUAGAAAUAAAAUAGCCAGAGACAGGAGGAAGAGAGUGAAAAAAAAGAAAAAGACCUGUGAAUUUAAGUGUCACCCCAUUUUUCUGCUUGCCAACCCUGCUUGCAGUCAUUAAUACUUAGCCAGACAAUCAAUACACACUCAAGAAUCCACUUGCAAGGAAACUGCCACUGCUCAUUUUAUUUUUCUCCCUUCUUUUGCAAAUCUAGGAUGCUGCACUCAUGCACCACAUGGAGAGAAAUUAUUUCUACAACUUAACUCCACCACCAAAUGCUGAGACUUCAUUUAAAAUGCAAACAAAAUUAUAAUUCUUAACUAUAUAGUCAUGAAUUCUGGGCGGCUCAAAUAACAGUUCUGUUACUUGAUCUUGACAAAUGAUAUAACUCAAAGAUUUUCUACAAUCAAAUCGAAAUUCCAGUUAAUUUAAAAUUAUAAUAGUAAAUGCCAGGUGACAGUCUUAAAAACUCCACUUUAAAGCUAGGGUCAAAUAUAAGUUUCUCAAGGCAAUAUGCUUUUUGAGCAAGUUACCUGAGAAGGGUAUGUAAGUUUUAACAGUUUAUAAAAUGCACAUGCAAUAGGUUUUACUUGCUGAAGUAGUCAGUGGCACUAUACUUGGAUACCAUAAAACUGGAUGUAUACGUAUAUAAAUUCUGAGUCAUUGAGACUUAAAAAGUACUCUAAGAGGAAAAAAAUAAAACCAGUAAUAUCCUAUAUUCUUUCCCCCCUAAUUGAUUAGAAUAAUAAAUACAAGAAGCCAAUCACUGGGCAAGAAGGAGGUCCGAGAGAGGAAGAGGGAAGGCAGGCAAGGACUUUGCUUUUGGGCUACAGGAGCAAGGCAGACAAGACGUAGGAGGAGGUCAGAGGCUGUUAGUUCAUGUGGCGGAUCCACUAGGAUGCACUACAGAAGAUUUCAAACACAGAAGAGUUGAUAAAUUUAGGAUACUAGGUCCUAUGCCCAGCUAUCUGCCGAUUCUAAACUAAGAUUGAUGUCUUCCUUCUCAGGGCUAUUCAACUGAGUUCCAGGGAAAGGUAACCUCGGCAGAAUGUGGGUUUUCGAGGACGGGCCCCAGCUAGCUGCAGAAAUUUGGGAGUGCUGAGCUGGUUUGGCAGCAGCCAGCGGCAGGGUGGAGAGCGAUUUUGGAGCUCUGGAGAAGCAGAGCCAGCCUUGGUGGGACAGGCUCUGGCAAUAGGGAAAACAUGUGGUCUUGAGAUCAGUACCCGGCUGGGAACAGACCAAGACCUCUGGCGGGUGCUUAGCCAGUGAUAGCCAGGAUUUUUUUUUAAUAUUACACACUACAGGAAUAGCACAAUCUAAAGAUAUAACAGUAAGUUUUUUAAAAGGAAUUUAGCUAGUAACCAUAACUAAAUUCUUGAUUCAGAAGGCAUUCUAGAAACUUUAAUACUUCAAAGCCAUUAAGUCAUUACUGCACAGUGCUAAAGAAAUACUCAUGCAAGAAAAUCCUAUCUGGGGCAUUUUUACUUUCCUCCCUACAUGGCUAAAAUAAAAGGAGCUUUAGUACGGUUUUUACAAAUAUUGUUUAUUUUAAUGAAGCUGGUACAGAUGAUGUCCCUUGAAAACCCAUGUCCCAGGCCAAAAAGUACAACAGAAUCAAAAGGAGCAGUGUCUGUUGCGUACACUUCUGUAUGAGUAACUUUAUUAUUAACUGCUGAUGAAGAUUAGAACUUUCCUGGGAUCUUCUGACAAUACUGUCUUGCUCAAGACACUUUCUUUCUCUCCAGUGAAGCCACUUUUGGAGUUAGCUGUUACUCUCACUGUAUCUGUUACCUUGACUACAAACAUGAUGUUCUUCUUUUGGUCCAGACCCUCAGAUUUUAAAAGUAGCUUCAAGCUGAGAAAAGGUCAUUUUCCACAGUUCGGUUCUCUGAAAAAUCUCCAUCUCCCACUGAAAAUCAUAGUCCAGGAGUGAAGCAACCACAUACCGGAACUGCAGGGCCAUUGAAAGGUCACAGGGAAGCUCCCAUUAGUCGAUCCUUUUAUCAUCACAACCCUGAAAAUGCACAGUCCUGGAAAGGGUGGCCUCUCUGUGUGCACACAUGAAAUCUCUUAAAGGAAGAAGGGCAAUGUUAAGGGAGCUGAGGUCUGAUCACCAAAAAUCAGCACAACAAAAACAACCAAUAAUGAAUAUUGAACACUAGAAUUCAGAUUACCAGAUGUUCUAAGAGAUGGAGUGCCAGUAUUCAAUUUUCAUUUUGAACACCACAUUACAAAAGAACUAUUUUUAAAAAUAAAAAAGGAUUGAGGGAAAAGGAAAAAAUAAAAAAUAAAAAGAAUUAUCUAAACCGUCGAGUGACCCCCC